AUGCCCCGGGAGCUGCGGGCGCUCCGCCAGCGCCGUGGCCUCGCUGGCGCCGGCUCCGGCGCCGACCCCGCCCACAUCCUCUCCGCACGGAUACCCGCCCCCGCUUCCGUCGCGACACAGGGUCGAUGUGGGGAGGGGGAGCAGCAGGCGGCCGCGGUCGGGGUGGUGGUGGGGAAGGGCUGUUUGAAGCGCCCGCGGACUGCUGCCCACGGAGGGGGUUCCGGCGCGGCCAAAAGGGUGAGCUUUGUGGCGGAGCCCCAGGUGCGGGUCAUGUCACCACCGGCUGUUCCUGGUGCACAAGUAGGCGGAGGGGAGAGUCCUUGUCCGAGGCGUGUCCGAUUUCGUGGCGCUUCUCCUCAAUUGGCGGGCGCGGCUGCUCCGCUUAGGCGGUCCACGAGGAAUGCAUCGAAUUUGGGUCUCGGAGUUGAGCAAGUUACUGUAGCUGCGUGUAACUCUGUCAAGUUUGAGGAGGAAGGUGGUGUAGGGAAAACUGUCGACAGGAAGAGGAAGAGCAGGGAGAAUACUGAGCAUAUGGUUACCAGUGCCCAAAUUGGAGUUUCUCCUAGAAGCACAAGGUCGAGGGGUCUUCUGUCAGAGGCCCCAUUCGUGCCACCUCCUGUUGUUGAGAACAAGAGAGCCCGGAGGAAGGGACCAGACGUGAAGGAGCAAACACUUGAGGACCAGCCUGCUGAACUGGAAAAUAGGAGGCAGCCUACUAAGCCAGCUACUCGCAGCAACAGUUAUCAAGAGCUUGCGUCUUCUGUAGAGGAAGAAUAUCAAGGACAGGUUGUUGCUCUCUCUAAGGUUCCUCCACUGCGGCGAUCUAGCAGAAACUGUUCCGAGGCCAGCAGAUUGCUGUUAAAUAGCAACAUAAGUUCAGAAAGUAACAACUGUACUAGAGCACGGGAGGAGGGCAACGAGGCGGAGAUAGCUUGCUUGUCCAUGCACAAUGCGACCAAGGACGACACAGAAGAGGGUAUGGCAAAGGAAGAUGAGCAUUUGAAGUUAUCAUGGAACGGCGGAGCUAAGGAUUGUGCUGGUACGGAGGAGAAGAUGGUCCCAGUGGUGGUGAGAAAGGGGUGUUUGAAGCGUACGGAGACUGAUGUGAGCAGCCGGAACUCCGGUGUUGCCAAGAAGGUGACUUUUAAGUUGGUGGAGCAGGCGGGAGCAGAGGUGAGGAGGCCCCGGGUUAUUGCUGAUGGUGAAGGUGAUGCUGGAGAGGCAGGUUCAACUGCUCCUUUGAAGUGGUCCAGGAGGAAUGCGGGGAAUUUCCGUGCUGGUGAUGGAGUUGAGAGGAUUGCUGGAGCUGUAAGUCGGAAUAUCUCUGCCAAGGCUGAUGAGGAAGAGGAGGAUGCAGAAGAAGCAGUUGAUAGGAAACGGAAGGAGAAGGAAGAUGAACAGUUGAACUCCGGUGCUGGUACGGAGGAGAAGAUGGUCCCAGUGGUGGUGAGAAAGGGGUGUUUGAAGCGUACGGAGACUGAUGUGAGCAGCCGGAACUCCGGUGUUGCCAAAAAGGUGACUUUUAAGUUGGUGGAGCAGGCGGGAGCAGAGGUGAGGAGGCCCCAGGUUAUUGCUGAUGGCGAAGGUGAUGCUGGAGAGGCAGGUUCAACUGCUCCGUUGAAGUGGUCCAGGAGGAAUGCGGGGAAUUUCCGUGCUGGUGAUGGAGCUGAGAGGAUUGCUGGAGCUGUAAGUCGGAAUAUCUCUGCCAAGGCUGAUGAGGAAGAGGAGGAUGCAGAAGAAGCAGUUGAUAGGAAACGGAAGGCCAGCGAGAACGUUGAGGAUAUAGGGUAUGUUUGGUUGUUGCCUAACAUUGCCACAACUAACCUUAGUCAAAUUGUGGCUGCUACAAAAAGUGUGGCGAACAAAAUGGCCACGAAAGUUGUGGCUAACUUUGGCAAGAAACUGAGUCUAUACCAUGUGGGCCAUGAGGCUAACAAAGUGGGGUAAUCCGCAGUUAUGGCAAUGGACCAAAUAGAUGCCUAACAGCCUAAGGAUCUGUGACAUUACUAUGGUUAGAUGUGCAAUCUUAGGCUACAAGCCAAGCAUGCCCAUAGUAUUAGUGCUCAAGUUGGAGUUAUUCAUAGGAGCAAGAGGUCGGGUAUUCUCUUGUUGCCAGCCUAUUUUCUAUGGCCUCUGUUGUUGAGAAGAAGAGGGGCCGGAGAAGGGUAGGAAGAUUAAGGAACAAUGUGUGUUGAGGACUAACCUGCUAAAGUUCAAGAUUUCUGUAGAAUUGUAAGAUAUCGACUGUGUUCCAGAUGGUGUAACAAUCAUUAAGAUGUUUAUUAUCUGAGAACUGUUUUGGUAUUCCAGUUCAUGUUUUCUGGCCUUUUGUUGUAAAUAUACUAUGCUUCACAUAACCCAGUGUGUAAGAUGCAUCAACCGUUUCUUUGCACUUCUAUGGAUGA